GUGCAGUGACACAAUGUAUGAGGACAUCGACAAUGAGUCCUUUCCAUCGCCCAGCGGGAUAAGUCGGAUGCCGCCGCCCGACGACGGUGAUAGAGUCGACGUUGACUGUGAUGGCAGCGACGAGGAGGCGGAGGCGGCGUGGCUUGAGGCAGCCCGUUCACGGAUCAGGGUUAAACUCAGAUCUUACGAGAACCAAAUGCCACCGGAGAUGCUGACCUCUCGAAGUGAAGAACCGAGCCUGACUGAGCGCGACGGCGUCAUCACGGCGAUGGCGGGCUGCGCCGUCACCGCAGUGACGCCAGAUUUCUCCGGCGACGCCUACUCGUUCGACGCUUCAUCAGGCGGCACCUUCCACUGCAAAGCCACCGAUCUCAUCUUUGAGGUGGGCGCAGCCGGGCGGCUUCGCUACGGCUGGAGGGAGUGGCCUGCCGAGCUGUUCCAAGAGCAGUUCGUCCCCAUCAGCUCCACGUUUGACAUCAACUGGGAUGGCUGCGACGGCGGCCUUCGUGCCCUAAUGAUCCCGCACUACCUCGACCUGAAGCGCUGUAAACAUACGUCCACUAUAAAAGUCCUCCACACGAGGGACGGCAACAUCGACGUGAGAGACCCGCAGUGCGUUUCGGAGACGCACGUGAGGGUCCUCACGUCGUCGCUGUCGAUCUUCACGGCGGUGCUCCGGUGGAUCCCCGGGCUCGUGUACCACGUGCACGCGGCCGUGCUCGUUUUCAAGGUUCCCGGCUCGCUCACGAAGCUACAGCUGCACGUGGUCCCCUACGCUGACGCCAACAUCGAACGCCUGAAAAGGAAGCUGCUGCAAGAACGCUACGAGUAUUACAACAUUCCUCCCAAGUCGGACAACACGCUGGUGGUGGCCAAACGUUACGCGCUGAGCUGCGACUUCACCACGAAAUUGAUACAGCCGCAGGAACUGACGAUGGAGAACCCGCCGAGCGACAACAACUUCUUUCACGUCUCGUUCGACGGCGCCUUCCAGGAGGUCUUCCUCGCCCUGACGAAGAGGGGCAAGCAGGAGAAAUACGUCUGGACGAGAAUGGUCCAAUGGCGAGACAAGGAGACAGCUCCCCAAGCCCCCGAAGCUGCAAAGAGUCGAUGCGUCAGCCCCCAGAGUCCGGAGCAGCUCUUUGACAAGAUCAGAUCGGAGUUACCCACGUUGGUGGGAGCUCUGCAAGGCAACUUGACGCCCCUGCUCAUUGAAUUUGAUGCAAAAAAGACAUUGACGCCGCCGGAGAUAUCGCAAAUCCGAGCGGUGUCCUUCGCAAACGGCGGAUUCGAGGCCGCCAGCCAGCUGGUGACGCGCAUCCUGGAGAAGCACGCGGGCAUCUCGGUGCCCGUGUGGGAGGCGCUGUGGCAGACCCGCGACACCUACAAGAAGCUCCGCGGCCUCCUGAGCGACGUCUUCCCCGACAGGGAUCCGUGAAAUCCGCACACCACCACCACCAUGGAGAGACGGAGGCCUCUCAGGAGCGUUUGGGCACCCGUCCACGCUUUGAAAGGAAAAAAGGGCACAUUAAGCAAAGCAUUGAAAGAAAAAAAUACUCAAUGAUGAACGAAGCAAAGUGCCGACUACACCGAGCAUCUUCUUGUUUCCUCUGAUCGUAAACAAAAACGGACACGUGUUCUCGAAGAUACUCGGGGCCCGUCCAUAAAUGAUGUCACACACCUAGGGGGGGAGGGGGGGUCAGACAUUUGUGACGAUGUGUGACGAGGGGGGGAGGGGAGGGGGUUGAGAAAUGUGACGUCACGUAAAAAUGCGCAACUUUGAAUAAAUUUAAACGAUAGAAUUGUCAUAACAACACUGAUUUUGAUUAAUUUUCAUUAUUAACUGUUUGAUUAUUUUAAUUAACUAAGGUCACCUUUUAUUUAUUCCAUGAAGGAGCAUUUUGCUUCUCCAUGGGAGAAUGGAGAAGCAUGAAUUUUGUAAAUUUUGUGAAUGAUUGUUUUUAAACAUUUUGAUUCUAAUGAUUCUACCAGGGCUUUUUAUUCUGCGAAAUGAAUAUGUGAUUGUUAUAAUUGUACUCUCCAUUUGCCUUCGUUCGACUACUAGGUUUCAAGUACUUUUUAUAGUUAUAAUUAUUUUUAAUAUAUUCGUUACGAGCAUCAUCACUCUACACUGCACUAUACACUAUGCACUACACUGUACAGGAUAAGAGCCGCUGACUUAAGGGCACCGAUGAGACAAAGCCAUAGCCAAGAGGCUUCCUCUGGCACACAGGCCAAUCAUUUGUAACUCUAUGGUGGCUAGGAGAUGUUAACUUCCUCGCCUGGUAUACAGGAUGCCAUGGGUUCCAUCCCAGACCCUCGCAUCCACGGUGGCUAGGAGAUGUUGACUACCUCGCCUGGUACACAGGAUGCCAUGGGUUCAAUCCCAGACCCUCACAUCCACGGUGGCUAGGAGAUGUUAACUACCUCGUCUGGUACACAGGAUGCCAUGGAUUCGAUCCCAGACCCUCACAUCCACGGUGGCAAGGAGAUGUUAACUACCUCGCCUGGUAUGCAGGAGGUUGUGGGUUGGAAUCCGACCCUGACGCCCCCGGUGGCUAGGCGAUGUUAACUACCUCGCCUGGUAUGCAGGAGGUUGUGGGUUCAAUCCCAGACCCGAACUCCAAAUGUUGACUGCCUCGCCUGGUAUACAGGAGGUCAUGGGUUCGAUCUUGGACCAUGAUGCCCACAGUGGCUAGGAGAUGUUGACUACCUCGCCUGGAACGCAGGAGGUCGUGGGUUCGAUUGCGGACCCUGACGUGUGGUAGUGGACGUAGUGUGCCGGGGCUGGGUGGAUGUUUUUUUUAAUAACUUUUAACGAGCGACCGAUCAUCGCCAAUUGAAUCGCCGCGCUUCCGUCAAACGUCUAGUGUCUGGCGUCGCGCGGGAGAUUCGAAUCUGGGACCCCGCCAAUUGUCACCCCUCCUUCAACCCCCCGGGAGAGUGAGCGCGUGUGUGUGUGUAUGUACACGCAUAUGUGUGUGUAUGUACACCCGUGUGCAUGUAAAUCGGUGGGGAGCGGUUAGUGCUUCGCUGCGCGACCCGGGAUCGAUUCCCAUGUAGUAAACAUCGCCACUGGGGAGACAAAGGCGGCCGGGCGUGGUGGCGCUGGCCACCUACUCCCUCGUGUGCCGUGCCGGCCUUCAUAGCUGCUGCUCGCUAAGAGCACUUGCCCCUACAGUCUGUUAGAGGCUACA